AUGGCGGAUUCAAUUAGUAUUGAGGAGUUUGAGGCCGCGUUGGACAGGUAUGAGGAUGUUUUGGAGGUGAAGGCGAGGAGUGUCAAGGGAGAGACUUCGUUGGAGGAGCUAGAUCAGUUUAGAUAUGUUGAGGCGCCGGCUCAGUUUUCGAAGAAAACGGGGAGGUUAAUGGAUUUGAAGGAUAUUCAGAAGCUGUUGGAGUGGAAGCUUCGACAUGGUAAAUUCAGACCAAGUCUCCCAAAACAAGUCGCCUCAAACUCGGAUGAAAAAGUCCACGAAGCUUGUAAAGAUGGAUUUGAUCAUUACGCUGCGCAUCCUGAUGAUAUCCAAGCUGUCAUUAAGAAGUUGACAGCCCCAUUGAAAGGUAUUGGACCAGCAACAGCUUCGCUUUUACUAGCCGUCCACGACCCCGCAAAUGUAAUCUUCUUCAGCGACGAGGUCUACGCAUGGCUUGUCGGCAAGGGUAAAUCUAGUGGAAUUAGCUACACUGCCAAAGAGUUUGAACAGAUCUUUACUGCUUCAACCGCCUUGGCCAAGAGACUUGAUGUAUCACCAAUCGACAUUGAAAAAGUCGCCUACGCUAUCAUCAGAGAGAACGAACCUGUCCACACACCAAAACCCAAGAAAGAACCCAGUGGACUCCCAAGAGGACGACCAAAGAUGGCUGAGCACGAGAAGAAGCCAAAGAAAGAAUCUAGUGGACUUCCCAGAGGCCGCCCAAAGCUUCCUGAGAGUCAGAAGAAAGCAAAGCCAGAGCCAAAACCUAAGAAGGAGAAAGCAGAACCUACUGGAUUGCCGAGAGGAAGACCGCGCAAAUCGGAUGCGGAGAGUGUUGUCGCGACGCCUAAACGUGGACGUCCUUCUGUUAAUAAGGCUGGGGUUGCACCACCUGCUUCUGCAUCAAAGGCUACCCCAGGCUCUACUGGAAAGGGAAGGGGACGCCCGAAGAAGGUUGUGGAUGAGGUUGCCACGCCGGCUUCGGCGAAGAGGAAGGCGGAUGAUGAGAAGCCAGGUAGGGGAAGACCGAAGAAGGUGAAGACUUGA